UACAUAUUCCAAUUGGCUUUCGAGUCUCAGGCAGAGCAGAAGCACCAGAAAGCGAGCGGAUAACCGAAAGAAGCCCAAGCACAAACCUUAACCGAAAACCGUAAAAAGCACGAAAAACACGAAACGCAACGCAGAAAACCAGCCGUGCUUCGUGAAAUAUAACCAGCAGCCCACAAACCGAAAAAAAACUAAAAACACAGCGACAGAAAGACAGAAAAACACAAAUCCAAACCGAAACUCAAACGGAGCGUAGUAAAUAGAGCGACUUGGAUCAGAAAAAUCAGUACUAAAAAAAAAUAAUAGAAAACAAAAAUAUAUAUAGGAAUAUACGAAAGAAUAAAAGUAGGAGCAUAUAGAGACGCGAACCAGAACAUCAGUCAGUCUUUCGUGGGCCGGAAAACGCGCGGAAAACUUAGUGAUAAGCGCCCGAUUGCAGUUCCAUAAGUUAUUAUAUUUUAUUUUUGUUCGAGUGAAAGUUGUUUCCUGGGGCCCGGGCAUGAACCGCUCGAAUAGCUUUGUCAGCUCCCUGAAGUGGUGGCCCCUGCAGGGCCACAACAACCAGCCAGCCAACAACCAGGCAGCUCCACCUAGCGGCGGCUACUCCCAGUCGGCACCCAGCUCGCCCACCUCCAACUGGCCGCCACCGCUGCAACAGCAGCAGAACCCGCUAGCACUGCGCCACCAUCAUCUGCCCCAGCACAAGUCCUCCGCCGGCGGGGGCAUUGUGGGAGCCACCUUCGGCAGCAGCGUCGCUGUCCAGAAGCUGCGCGAAUCCAAGUGGUUCAAGCCCGAGGAGCAGCGCAUCUUCUGCGCCGUCGUCGAGUGCGGCUUCAUAGUUGAGAUACGCAGCAGCGCCGCAGCCGAGGCGGCAGCAGCUGCCACAGCCGCGGCCGCAGCGGCAGCUGCCUCGACCGACCUGGAUGAGGAGGACGAGGACGCACUCGACUCGCUCGACGGCCCGCCGUCAAAGCUGGCGUUGACGCUGGCGCCGGCGCUGGUGAUUCCGCGCAACGGAAGCAGCUUCCUGGAGACGCAGGACGAAAACGAGACGCCGGUGGCCUCCUGGUACGGCAUCGUCCUCUGCAAGGUGGCCAAAGACAAUAAACCCAAACCCGAUACCAUUGAGAUAUUUUCUGUGAAAAUACGUGAGAAUGGCACAUACAAGCUGAUCAAGAUGGCAUUGGCCGACAUUUGGAGUCACGGCUGGGAGUUGAGGAUCAAUAAUUUUGCCGACAAGGAGAAGGUUCCACACAACGAAAAGGAUAUACGCAAUCAGGUUUCGGUGGCCAGGAAGGCUAAACAGAGCCUGUGGAACAACAACAAGCACUUCGUGUACUGGUGCCGCUACGGAAGUCGUCAGCAGGAUCUGCGCAAGCGACAGAUGUCGGAGUGCGUUAAAUGGGGCAGCGUCGGCAUGAACGCGGGCAUGUUGCUGGUGCUCAAUAAUAGACAAAAAAGCUAUUCCCACUCAAAGUAAAUAGUAUUCGUAUCGAUUUUAAUUCUAUAAAUCACAACUCAAGAAACUUAAACCAAAAAUAAUGAUCCCACAAGUUCAAUCCCUCUUUCUGAAGGCGUUCUAACAUCCUUUACACAUGAAAAAAAAAACAACCAAGUAUUAAAAAAACAGAAGUUAAUUUAAUAAAAACAACUAAGCGAGCGGCAGUAUUAAAAAAAAAACAAACAUUAAAAACAAAGAAAUCAUUUUGAAAAAAAAGGAUUAGAUAACAACAAACACCCACACUCUACACUCCUGCCCAUGAUUGUAAAGCUGUUGCAACUCGAUCUACAAUUUAUAUGUGAAACAAAAAUCAAAUUAAAUACUUUUGUAUUUACACAGAAAGAGAGAGAGAGAGACACACAAACACUGUGAAAUUCGAAAAGACUUAUUAAA